AUGACAGACUCCCCAAACGAAUAUGUAGAUCCGGAGGGGGGUGCUCCCAUUCUGUGGAAACACCCCAGCCCCUUCGACACACAGCUCGCCCGGUUCAUGCGCCAUGUCAGCCGCAAGUAUGAGAUCAAGCUGGAGACAUACCCCAUGCUGUACCAGUGGUCGAUCGACAACACCGCCGAGUUCUGGGGGGAGGCGUGGGAGUUCUGCGGCGUCACCUGCUCUCACCCGUACGAUGCCGUGCUGCCGGGCGGCGGUGGGGCGGCCAUGUUCCCCCGGCCGGACUUCUUCUCGGGCGCGCGCCUCAACUUUGCCGAGAACUUGCUCUUCCCGGCCAACGUGGACGUGGACGCCUCCGGGGUUGCCGUCAUCACCGCUACGGAGAGAUCCGGCGACGUCGUCGAGACCUCGUGGGCGGAGCUGAGGGAAGCCGUUCGCCGCUGCGCCAACGCGCUACGGGCCGCGGGGCUGAAGCAGGGCGAUGUCGUGGCGGGCUACGUGUCCAACCAUGUUCAGGCAUUAGUUGCUAUGCUGGCCGCUGCAUCAAUCGGGGCCGUCUGGUCGGGAAUCAGCCCCGACAACGGCGUCUCGGCCGUGCUUGACCGGCUGGCGCAGCUCGGGCCGAAGGUGCUGUUCGCGGACGACGGGAUGGUCUACAACGGCAAGGAGUGGUCGAGCACGGCAAAGACGUCGGAGAUAGUGUCGGAGCUCACCAAGAAGGGGCUCGAGCUGGUCAUAGUUAUCAGAAAUCUCCCGGACGGGGACCUCGGGCUCGAGGACCUGAGGGGCAAGGUCGCGAGGGUGGAGGAGUACGAGAGCUUCCUCGGCAGCUCAUCAGACGAUCAACUCCGUUUCGAGCAGCUGCCGCCCUCACACCCUCUGUAUAUCCUCUUCUCCUCGGGAACGACCGGCUUGCCCAAGGCUAUCAUUCAUACCGCCGCUGGGACACUCAUACAGCACAAGAAGGAGCACUUCCUUCACUGCUCCGUUUCGCCGGCGUCCCGGAUGCUCUACUACACCACCACGAGCUGGAUGAUGUGGCACUGGAGUGUCUCCGCCCUGGCGGUUGGUGCCUCCCUCGUCCUGUACUCGGGCUCGCCCUUCAGGCCCCACGGGUACUCCUCAAUACCAAAGCUCCUCUCUGAGCUGCGGGUCACACACUUUGGCACAAGCGCCGCAUACCUGGUAGCCCUGGAGGCCAACAACGUCCGCCCCGUCGACGACCCAUCUCUGGACCUCAGCCACCUCGAGGCCAUCUACUCGACCGCGUCGCCCCUGCCCCCCUCGACCUUCAGCUUCGUCUACGAGGCCUUCCCCAAGACGAUCAACCUGGGCUCCAUCACCGGCGGCACCGACAUCAUCUCGCUGUUCGGCGCCCCUUGCCCGCUGGUGCCCGUCCGCGUGGGCGAGAUCCAGUGCGCCGGGCUGGGGAUGGCCAUCAAGGUUGUGGACAGCACCUCCGCGGCCGACGAUCCCAGGCCUGUGGACCCUCCCGAUGCGCCUGGGGAUCUGGUCUGCGUGAAGCCGUUCCCGUGCCAGCCGUUGACGUUUUACGGGGAGAAUGGUAACGAGAAGUACCGUUCUGCCUACUUUGAACGCUUUCCAGGAAUAUGGCAUCACGGUGAUUUUAUCCAAAUCACCUCAACCGGCGGCCUGAAAAUGCUCGGAAGGAGCGACGGCGUCCUCAAGCCCGCAGGCGUCCGCUUCGGCUCGGCCGAGAUCUACAACAUCCUGACCAAGUUCUUCGCGGCCGAGGUCGAGGACUCGGUGUGCGUGGGCCGGCGGCGGCCGGACGUCGACAAGGACGAGACGGUCUGCCUCUUCGUCGUGAUGGCGCCGGGCAAGGCCUUCGCGAAGGGCGACACGGACGCGCGGAUCCGCGCCGUCAUCAAGGCCCAGCUCAGCCCGCGCCACGUCCCCGCCGUCGUCGAGGAGUGCGGCCCCGCGGGUGUCCCCAAGACGGGCAAUGGCAAGAAGAUCGAGGUCGCUGUCAAGCAGAUCCUCUCCGGUAUGGAGGUUAAGACGAAUGCCAGUGUUGCGAAUCCGGAGGCGUUGGAGUGGUUCAGGAGGUGGGCCGAGGAGCACCCUUGA